CGAGUCUGUUAUAUUUCCCACUCCAAAAAGACACACAAGAAUCACAAGAGACAACUCUCUCUCCCUCUCUUUCUCUGGUUCUCUUUACAUUUCCAGAAGAGAAAGGAGGAAGAACGCAAAAUCAAAAUUCAAAACCCUCGAGAUUUCACCCCCAGCCCUCACUCUUUCUCUAUAACCACGCCAACCCAUUUCCUUUUGUAAUACACUCUGCUCUCCAAGAGCUCAGAAAUCCAAUAAAUCAGCGAUCUCGAGACACAAAAGUUCUGUUUUUUAUUUGUCCCUUUGCCCUUUCCGUUGAUGGCGGUUUCCGUUUCAGUUUUCACUCUGAGGGGGCGUUAAGUUCCGUUGACUUCCCAGGUGAAAAUUCUCCGUUUCCUCUGCGAAUCUCGGAGGAGUUUGCAUUUCAUAGUGAGCUCCAACACUGGUUAGACAAUUUGAUUUGAAGGGUUUUGCUUUUGCGCUCAGUAGGGUUUUUAUUUAUUUAUUCAAUGGCCUGGAAGAUUUAAUCGAGGAGGCGAUGAGUUGAAGAAACGAGAGAGUCAAGGUCGGUGAAACUCGGAAGAUGAUGUUGUUGUUCAAAUCGAGGAUAAAAUGGAUAGUUCUAUUGGUCUUGAUGCUAUCGACUGGAUCCCUAGUCGUUCACCUCUCUAUUACCAAGUUCUCCGCCACUAAUUUGAUUCAGUACACUGCUGUCCCUGCUCUCAGCUUCGACUUGCCUUCCACUUCCCCUGGAUCAAAGAGAGUUAUAACGGCUAGAAACAAGAAAUUGUGGGGUCCUGUUAAGGCCUUGGAGUCCUUGCAGCCUUAUGCUAACCCGAGAACGACUUACCCUGUCCCAAGUGAGAAGAGCAAUGGUUAUAUAUAUGCAAAGGUUUAUGGUGGCUUUUCAAAGAUAAGAUCUUCGAUAUGUGAUCUUGUCACCAUAUCCAGGCUUCUAAAUGCUACUCUUGUCAUUCCAGAGAUUCAAGAUAGUCUCCGCUCCAAAGGCAUUAGUUCCAAAUUCAAGAGCUUUUCUUAUCUCUACGAUGAGGACCAAUUCAUAGCUUCACUUAAAAAUGACGUGAGAAUCGUGAAGACAUUGCCUGAGAAUUUGAAGGCAGCCAGAAAAAGAAAUGAGUUUCCUAUCUUUAAGCCCAAAAGUUCUGCUACUCCAAGUUUCUAUAUCAAAGAAAUUUUGCCCAAAUUGAAGAAAUCGAAGGUUGUUGGCCUGAUUCUUGCUGAUGGAGGCUGUGUGCAGUCAGUUCUUCCUCCCAGUAUGGCCGAGUUCCAGCGACUGAGAUGUAGAGUUGCCUUUCAUGCUCUUCAAUUCCGCCAAGAACUCAAAGUUCUUGGACGUCGUAUUGUUGAGAGAUUGCAAGGAUGGGAUCAGCCUUACAUCGCAUAUCAUCCUGGCUUAAUGAGGGAUACCCUGGCUUAUCAUGGUUGCGCAGAACUUUUCCAGGACGUGCACACUGAACUUAUACAAUAUCGAAGGGCACAGAUGAUCAAGAGAGGGGUGCUUGCUGACAAGCUAAGUGUUGACUCUCACAUACGGAGAGACAAUGGCUCAUGCCCACUCAUGCCUGAAGAGGUUGGACUUCUCCUUCGAGCAAUGGGCUAUCGUGCUAAUACAAUUAUUUAUAUGGCUGGUUCUGAAACUUUUGGUGGCCAACGUCUUUUGAUCCCUCUGCGUGCAAUGUUUGCAAACUUGGUGGACUCCACCUCAUUUUGCAGCAAGCAAGAGUUGACGGAUUUGAUUGGUCCUGAACCUCUAUUGCCUCCAAAUCCUUUUAAACUGCCUCCUGGUAAGAGUGAUGAACAGCUUAAAGAAGAGUGGAAAAGAGCUGGUCCUAGACCUCGACCUUUGCCUCCACCUCCAGAGAGGCCGAUCUAUCAGCAUGAAAAAGAAGGUUGGUAUGGCUGGAUAACCGAAACAGAUACUGAACCAGAUCCUUCACCGGCGGAUCUUAGGAUGCAAGCCCACAAGCUGCUAUGGGAUGCUCUUGAUUACAUUGUAUCUUUGGAAGCUGAUGUUUUCUUCCCUGGUUUCAACAAUGAUGGUAGUGGAUGGCCUGAUUUCUCAAGCCUUGUCAUGGGGCAGCGGCUUUAUGAGAGGGCUUCCUCCAGAACAUUUCGACCAGAUAGGAAAACUAUCCAGGAAUAUUUCAAAUCCAUUCGAGACGAUAUGUACCAUCCUAAGUUCAACUGGACGAUUUCAAUGAGGGAACAUCUUAACAACAGCUUUGGUGAAGAUGGGUUUGCCUGGCAGUCUCUUAAGUCGAAACCCGCUUCAUUCCUUUCCCACCCAUUCCCAGAAUGCUCUUGUAGAAUGCCCCCUUCAGCUGCUGCUGCUGAGGUCCCAACCAUAUUGAUAAAAGACGAGGAUGAGUGUCCGAAAUGGAUGAUGCAGAACAACAAUCAAGAUGAAUCUUCUGAGAGUAUAGUAGGAGCGGCUUCCAAUGAAGAUACCGAGUCAGAGUAUGAAAAUGAGACGAAGGAAGCACAAGAGGACUCGGAUGCUAGUAGUAAGAGUAGUCUAACUCUAGCUAUUAACCAAGAUGAUGAAUGGGAUCCUAAUGACUAGAAGGCGGAGACAGCAGAAAACUACGUUCUUUGAUUUGUUUUGAAGGUGAUGGUGGUCAGUACUCGGUGGUCACUUUCCGGCGGCAGAAUCCCUUCUGGAAUGGGAAUUUUGAGGACAUACAGAGAGCUAUUAGCUAUAUAUACACGAAGGGUCUUUUUUUUUGGGUUUAUUCUCUUUGUCUCGUGGAGAAUAAGUAUUCAUUUUUUGUUCUGUAAGUAGAUUGAAGUAAAGGGAAGACAGAGCUCUAGUCCUAGUCACAGGAGGGGAAGAGAGAAAACUGAAAAGGAAAGAAAUUAUUGUAUACCAUUCAUAUAGAGAAGAGUUCUUUGCACAUUACAGAUUUGUGGACAUAUGUUGAUUCUUAUGCUAUAUACGGAGCUUUACCUUUUUCCUUACAGAACUGCAGCUUAUCUCAUUAUAGAGGGUCAAGAAGAAGGUGGAAAUGUUGCGGUUUUCCUUGCAAAACUGCAAAUUCUCUCAUUACUAACUGUCCUGAACAGGUUGAGGCAGAGGAAAGACCCAUGCUCCCAUUUCACUCUACUAGUGUAAACUGAGUUGGAGCAGGUUUAGGUGAUGGAGUAAGGGAAGUGGAGGUACAGGAAAGACCUAUGCCCUCAUCUCUAAUACUCUGCGUCUGCGCAAAACAGGUUCGAGCAGGUUAAGGUGAUCGAGUAAAACGGAAAAUUAUCA